AUGAGCCCGCCUCAGGAUCCAAUUUCCCAGCACAAUCAAGCUGCGUUCGAUUACAAUGGCACGAUUGGAAUACAAAAGAUGCCCGGAGGUGCUCCGGCGUAUGGGGAAUUCAGUGGAGCAAAGGAAACCCUCCAAGAUGAUACUGGGGUGUUCAACGGCGGAAGUUUCAGGAUCAGCCACCGAGAUACCAACUCCGUUUUGACAGUGCAACUGGCAAUGGGUUGUCCUUUGACUGUCAGACCUGGCGCGAUGAUUGCAAUGUCUCCAACGAUUACACUGAGAGGAAACAUCUCGUUUUCAUGGAAGAAACUGAUCAUUGGGGGCAGCAUGACUAUGUCCCACUACACCGGUCCCGGGGAGCUCCUGCUGGCACCUUCAAUGCUGGGAGAUAUCAUGGUCAUUCGGAUAGAGGACCCAGAAGAAUGGAAAAUCGGACGUGACGCUUUCCUUGGACACACUGCUGGUGUCGAGCAUAAGUACCAGUCUCAAAGUUUGUCCAAGGGUGUUUUCUCCGGCGAGGGAUUUUUCAUCUACAAGAUAACAGGUACUGGCAUACUUUGGAUCCAGAGCUUUGGUGCAAUCAUUCGGAAAGAUCUUCGCGAAGACGAGACAUACUUCAUCGACAAUGGCCACCUUGUGGCGUGGAAUUGCAAGUACAAGAUGGAGCGUGUGGCCUCUGGCGGUAUCAUCUCCGGCAUUAGUUCUGGGGAGGGCCUUGCCUGCAGAUUUAAGGGACCGGGAACCGUCUAUCUACAGACGAGAAACCUGAAUGCCUUUGCUGCCCAGAUGAAGAUAAGCACCGCAAGUGGUUAA